AUGGGUCUAUACUUAUUCUCACGGAAGGUAAGGCGUCGUGCUAGGGUAUUGAAACGGGGUGCGACACUCUCCCUCACCUUCCCCCCCCCCCCCCCACAACCUACCACCCUCACGCUCUUUUUCGCCCUCUUUCGAAGUCGCGCAAUCAUUCCGGCCUUUCAUGGCUCUGGCAAGUCGUCUGCUCUUUCGGUGGCUUUGACAAGGUCAUGCACAACACUCUCCUGGUCCUUCCGGGGUUUCUACGAGAAGGUACGCUUCUUAACUGUAACGGAGCUGGCGUUACCGGAGUACGAGAGGCACGUGGGCGUGGUCCCCUUGCUGGAGCGUACCUCUCUGAACCCCUCUCAACCCUUCUCAACCCCUCUCAACCGCCCCCAGGCACUGCUGGAGUACGAGAAGCACGUGGGCGUGGACCCCAUGCUGGAGGGCACUCUCGCCAUCACCCCACGCACCGACGGCAAGCACCACCAGGAGGUGGGUGGUGCUGUGGGGUGGGCGCAAGAGUGGGACCCCUUGCUGGAGGGCACUCUCGCCAUCACCCCGCGCACAGACGGCAAGCACCACGGCGGGCAGCAGGUGGGUGGCCACUCUAGCCAUCACUCCGCGCACCGAUACCACGCAUCAAGGUGGGCAGGAGGUGGGUGUGCUGCGUUCUAUGAGCCCCUGCCAGGAGAACCCUGCCAGUCCUUUCCUCUCCCUUCUACUCAUCCAUACUCUUCUCCCUUCUCCCCUGUUGUCUCCCCCUUGCCCCUCUUCUCCCCUGCUGCUCACAUCACAUCUUUCCAGGAGCGUGCCACUCCAGGAUUUGGCCCAAAGCGGGCCCAAAGAGUGCUGCUCUCAUCACAUCUUUCCUGGAAAGCGGCAAUUCUCUUGGGCGCUUCAAGGUCGCCUCAUUCCCCCCCUCACCCGAUUCCCCCCCCUCCUCCCUCUCUCCCCUCCCGCUCCCCCCCUUCCUUUCUUCUCACAACACACAACAUUGAUUCAGGAGCAUGGCACCCCAGUAUCUGGCCCAAAGCAGCAAUUUUUGGAGGCGCCUCAACGAUCGUGUCAAUUCUCCCCUUCGCUCUCCCUCCCACUCUCCCCCCCUAA